UUUCAGCUGUCAUGGAUGUACUCAGUGACAGGAGAGAGCACUGCUUCCUACAAUCUGACAGUGACAUACGGCACUCCAUGGGGUGACUGGGGAGUAAAGGAGAUGUGUCCUGAAGGCUAUUAUGCUUCAGGAUUUAGCAUCAAGGUGGAGCAUACCCAGAUGUAUAGAGAUAACACUGCACUAAAUGGAAUCCGUUUGUACUGCGUCAAUCCCCAGAAACCUCAGGAACAAGUCACUAUACAGUCUACUGAGGGGCGUUGGGGAGAGUGGACUGCUGUGAAGAGUUGUGAAACUGGUUAUUUGGCGUCUUACAUGCUCCGUGUUCAACAACCACAAGGAGAAGGAGAUGACACGUCUGUCAACAACAUCAAGUUUAUCUGUACUGGCCCUGGUACACAUUUGGAAGGGGAUGGAACGGAAUGGGGCGAGUGGGGUACAUGGAGCAACAAGUGUCCUAAAGGGGUCAUUUGUGGUCUGCAAACCCGUGUGGAGGCGGCUCAGGGCCAUGGAGAUGACACUUCCCUCAAUGAUGUGCACUUCUUCUGCUGCAAAUAAUUCACUACAAUCUGUCACUGAGAAGUGCCCCAUCCAUGUGUUAAGAGAUAAAUGUUAACAUGUAUGUAUGAUACAUUUUAUAUUGGAGGACAUAUAACAAGAACAAUGUAUCCAUUUAAUUUUAAUGGUAAUAAAGUUAAUGUGUACUUGUGAACCACAAGCCACAGAUCUUAUGUUGGCCAUGUCAUAUCAGAAUAACACAUAGCCUUAAUUUGAUGUAUUAUCCUUCCUUCUGUGCUGUCAUAAUAAUGCGUGGUUGUUUCUUGAGUCCAUGCUCUUUCGCUGUUUGGACCCUAACACAGGGUUUAAGGAGUAAAAUACUUGUCAACUUGGAUCACUGUCUAUGAAGAACUUCUACCACUUGAGAGAUUCAAAUUCUAACCUCAGUUUUGGUUGUCUACGUCAUUGUGCCAAGUAGCACUAUAUUGAAAAUGUGCCUCCCUAGCAUUUUCUUUAUGUCGCUUAUCUCCUUCAGACGGCUUUGACCUUUUCUGUCUAUCUUUCUGGCAUUUUUGGCACUUGGGAAUAAACUUCCCCACCAAAGGUGUUGACUAAACCAAUUUUUCACUUGGUGACCACAUUGUUUUGUGUUCUCUAUUGUUAUUUAGCAAUUUCAUACACAAAUUAACAAAAAAUGCAAAUGUUUUAUGCCUGUAUUAACAUUUAGGUUAUAGAAUGUCACAGUACGGCAGAUUUUUUAAAAAUGUAUGAAGUAGAUUCCAUCCUACGCCCUCUUCUCCCAUCUGUCCACCUCAUUUGGGAGGGGUCCACAAUCGAACAAAUUUCCUGGUAGCGCCUUAGACAGUAGCCUAGGGCAGUGGUCUCCAACCUUUUUGUGACUAGGGGGGGACCUAGAGGGAAGACCAUAAAAGAGAAAUCCCAGCUAACUUGCAAGAUCUUGAAGGUUGUGGCACCGGGCCUUAAACAGAUGCUGUAAUCAGUGGUACACACACAUAGACCGGCCGGGGAAACGGCCACGCUAAAGCCGCGUAUGAACGCGGAAUUUCUAGAAUUUGGAUAAAUUGCGCAUGUGUGUAAUGGAAACGCAGCUACUAGCAUCAGAUGACUUUCUGGCAGAGGUCCUCUGGGAUGAGCCUGCUUAAAAAGACAGUCACACAGGUGAGUGUCAUUGUGCUGACUACCUGUCAGGUGCUCACAGGAGGCGGGAUUAUGACAAUAUUUGAGCUAUCCAGACAUACAGUUUGGAGCCAAAUGACUUUACAGACAAAGACAAUGAAGACAUUCCUACAUCAGAAUAGAGCAGGAAGCUUGUAGUCUACCCAUCAUAUUUUUUUACAGAAUAAAUGCCCUCUUUUUCAAAACAGCAUUUUUUUGUCUUCUCCCAUUUCACAAUAAUCUGGAUAAAGAAAUACUCAAAAAUGCAAUUUUGAUCUUAGUUUUCUUUAUAUUUGUCCUCCAUCGUGAAAAAGAACAUGAUAAAAACACCAAAAACACACUUUUCAGUGGAGUAAGGCUUACAUUCUUAGACAAAAUAGUUUUUUGUUUUGCUUUUCCUAUUUUGUGUUGUAAAAUAUGAUGUGAAGAACAUGUUUAACAAAUACAAAUCAUCUCAAUGUUUAUUUCAAUUUUGCCAACUUUAAAAAAGUUUGUGGCAUUUUUGUUAUGUUUAUGUCAAAAUUUACCACAAAUGUGAUAAAUGAUUCACUUAAAGGGAACUGACUUAGCUGAUAAAUACCUAUAUAAAAGUUAAAAUCUUAAUAUAAAUGUUUAAUCCAGAUUUAAAUAAAUGUAAAGGUUAAAUGUAAAUGUUAAAUCUGAAUCUUAAUGUUGUUUCUUUUGCUUUUGGUUGCCACUAUAUUCACAGUUCACCCUGUAAAGCCCACUUCAUCAAAUAAUUGACAGAUAAUUCAAUUUGUUUUAAUAAAGUCGUUCUUUAAACCUUU